GGAGGAGUGAAGUCAGUCUAGUUCCUGGUGCUGGUCCUAGUAGAACUUGGCAACCAUGGACAUUGAAGCGUAUUUUGAAAGAAUUGGUUAUAAGAACUCCAGGGACAAAUUGGACCUGGAAACAUUAACUGACAUCCUUCAGCACCAGAUCUGGGCUGUUCCCUUUGAGAACCUGAACAUCCAUUGUGGGAAGCGCAUGGAACUGGGCUUGGAGGCCAUUUUUGAUCAAGUGGUGAGGAGGAGGCGGGGUGGCUGGUGCCUCCAGGUCAAUCACCUCCUGUACUGGGCUCUGACCACCAUGGGUUUCCAGGCCACCAUGUUGGGAGGCUACGUGUUCAGCCCUCCGGCCGACAAAUACAGCAGUGCUAUGAUUCACCUUCUGCUGAAGGUCACCUUGGAUGGCAGACACUACAUAGUUGAUGCUGGGUUUGGACGCUCUUACCAGAUGUGGCAGCCUCUGGAGUUAAUUUCUGGGAAGGAUCAGCCUCAGGUGCCCUGCGUCUUCCGCUUGACUGAAGAGAGAGGAACCUGGUACCUGGACCAAAUCAGAAGAGAGCAGUACAUUCCAAACCAGGAAUUUCUUAACUCUGAUCUCCUGGAAAGGAACAAGUACCGAAAGAUCUACUCCUUUACUCUGGAGCCUCGAACAAUUGAAGAUUUUGAGUCUGUUAAUGAGUACCUUCAGACGUCUCCAGCAUCUUUGUUUACAAGCAAGUCAUUCUGUUCCUUGCAGACCCCAGAUGGGGUUCACUGUUUAGUGGGCCUUACCCUCACCUUUAGGAAAUUCAAUUAUAAAGACAAUGUGGAUUCGGUGGAGUUUAAGACACUGAAUGAAGAAGAAAUAGGAGAAGAGCUGAAAAAUAUAUUUAAUAUUUCCUUGGAGGGAAAGCUUGUGCCCAAAUAUGGUGAUAAAUUCUUUACCAUUUAGAGUAAGCAGUAGAAAUGAUCUUCAGUACUAUUGUAUUAUUGCAUCUUGUAUUAUACAUGGAAACUUCUUAUUAUAAAAAUCAAAUAUACAUAAAAGUAGAGAGAAUAAAAUAAUUAACCUCUAUGCAUCACCCAUUUUGCCAACUGUCCACUGGUAACCUGUCUCUCAUAUUUCCUCAAUGACAGUAUGUGAUACUAAAAAAACUCUAGAUAUUAAAUCAUUUCAACCUUUAAAACGUCAGCCUAUGUAUUUAGACAACUUUUUUUUUCUGAGAACAACUCUUUCCAUGACUUGCAGGUCAAGUUCAGAGACAAAUUUACUGGUGAUCAAUGUAUGAAGUCUAAAAUCCUCUGCUGUACUUAAGAGGUGUUCUGGGAUUUUUAGUCAGACAACAUUUCAAAGAAAACAGAACCACACAUCUUUUCAACAUUAAUAAUAGUAAAGGUAUUUUAAGGGUGAUCUAUGGUUUUCUUGGAAGAAAAUAGUGAUUUUUGCUAAAAAAACUUCCAUACUGGUUGAACGUUGAAUUCACAAAAAAUGUUUACCUGUGGCUCAGGAAAUGGGCAACCGAGGAAACAGUCUUUAUUAAACGCAACCAGCAUGUGUCCAAUGUCCAAUAUCAAUUUUUACAAAAGCCCGCAUGUACAAGGCAGGGUUAGAAUUCUACAAAGAGGAGUGAGACGUGAUAUUGCUCCUGAGUAGUUCCCAGACGAGGCUUCACCCAGCAAACAGUAGCGUGUGGUUAAGCACCAGGAGAGUGACACAGCUCAUGGUUUCUUACAUGGCUCUUUCUGCAACCGAGUUCUUUGGGUAGCAUUUUCCUUAAUAUAGAAAUGCUGGCAUAGAAAAUUUUUCAAAUUUCAGAAUUAAGUAAUUUUGUCUAAAAGUUAUAACUAUUGUGAAUUUUAAAAUAUUACCUAUAAAAACCUGAUGUCUAAACUGCAUGUGAAAACAAUGUCACCAGUAAGUGUCUGUCUGGCAGAGUCAGGAUGCCAGGGGCUUCCUCACACCCUCUUUCUCAUCUGCCAGUUCUUUCCUUUUACUUCCUCCCACACGUGUCCUAAGGGAAAGAGAAUGAGCUGCAAGGUGUAGAGAUCUGAGUUCAAAUCCUGUGGAACUGGGUGGACUACUUGAUCAGUCUGUGGAUCUGAUCCCUCAGAGAUAAAAUGGGAAUAAUACUUACAUAAUUUAAUGCCUGGAGUAGAUUCUCAAUAAAUUUUGUUAUAUGGAUGAAUGAA